AUGGACAGACGAGUAGGAGGAGGAGAGGGGGAGGAGGAGAAGGGGAAAAGGGGGAGGAGAGGGGGGAGUGGAAGGAGAGGGGGGAGGAGAGGGGGGAGUAGAGAGGGGAGGAGAAUGGGGAGAAGAGGGCCCCACCAGCUCACUCUGGAGAAGGAAGUGAAGAAGGUAAUGUUUUCAUACCUCCAGAACUUCCACAGACACCAGUUGACCUACAGACUGAAUCACAGACCCUACAGUCACAGACCCUACAGUCACAGACCUCUACAGUCACAGACCCUAAAGUCACAGACCCUACAGUCACAGACCCUACAGUCCCAGACCCUACAGUCACAGACCCUACAGUCACAGACCCUACAGUCACAGACCCUACAGUCACAGACCUCUACAGUCCCAGAUCCUACAGUCACAGACCUCUACAGUCACAGACCUCUACAGUCACAGACCCUACAGUCACAGACCUCUACAGUCACAGACCUCUACAGUCACAGACCUCUACAGUCACAGACCUCUACAGUCACAGACCCUACAGUCACAGACCUCUACAGUCACAGACCCUCUACAGUCACAGACCCUACAGUUACAGACCCUACAGUCCCAGACCCUACAGUCACAGACCCUACAGUCACAGACCCUACAGUCACAGACCCUACAGUCACAGACCUCUACAGUCACAGACCCUACAGUCACAGACCCUACAGUCACAGACCUCUACAGUCACAGACCUCUACAGUCACAGACCCUACAGUCACAGACCUCUACAGUCACAGACCUCUACAGUCACAGACCUCUACAGUCACAGACCCUACAGUCACAGACCUCUACAGUCACAGACCCUACAGUCACAGACCCUACAGUCACAGACCCUACAGUCACAGACCCUACAGUCACAGACCCUACAGUCACAGACCCUACAGUCACAGACCUCUACAGUCACAGACCUCUACAGUCACAGACCCUACAGUCACAGACCCUACAGUCACAGACCUACAGUCACAGACCCUACAGUCACAGACACUACAGUCACAGACCUCUACAGUCACAGACCCUACAGUCACAGACCCUACAGUCACAGACCCUACAGUCACAGACCCCUACAGUCACAGACCCUACAGUCACAGACCUCUACAGUCACAGACCCUACAGUCACAGACCCUACAGUCACAAACCCUACAGUCACAGACCUCUACAGUCACAGACCCUAAAGUCACAGACCUCUACAGUCACAGACCUCUACAGUCCCAGACCCUACAGCCACAGACCUCUACAGCCACAGACCUCUACAGUCACAGACCCUACAGUCACAGACCCUACAGUCACAGACCUCUACAGUCACAAUCCCUACAGUCACAGACCCUAAAGUCACAGACCUCUACAGUCACAAUCCCUACAGUCACAGACCCUACAGUCCCAGACCCUACAGCCACAGACCCUACAGUCACAGACCCUACAGUCACAGACCCUACAGUCACAGACCUCUACAGUCACAGACCUCUACAGUCACAGACCUCUACAGUCACAGACCUCUACAGUCACAGACCCUACAGUCACAGACCCUACAGUCACAGACCUCUACAGUCACAGACCCUACAGUCACAGACCUCUACAGUCACAGACCCUACAGUCACAGACCCUACAGUCACAGACCCUACAGUCACAGACCCUACAGUCACAGACCCUACAGUCACAGACCUCUACAGUCACAGACCCUGCAGUCACAGACCCUACAGUCACAGACCUACAGUCACAGACCCUACAGUCACAGACCCUACAGUCACAGACCCUACAGUCACAGACCCUACAGUCACAGACCUCUACAGUCACAGACCCUACAGUCACAGACCCUACAGUCACAGACCCUACAGUCACAGACCUCUACAGUCACAGACCCUACAGUCACAGACCCUACAGUCACAGACCCUACAGUCACAGACCUCUACAGUCACAGACCUCUACAGUCACAGACCUCUACAGUCACAGACCCUACAGUCACAGACCUCUACAGUCACAGACCUCUACAGUCACAGACCCUACAGUCACAGACCUCUACAGUCACAGACCCUACAGUCACAGACCCUACAGUCACAGACCUACAGUCACAGACCCUACAGUCACAGACCUACAGUCAGAGACCCUACAGUCACAGACCCUACAGUCACAGACCCUAAAGUCACAGACCUCUACAGUCACAGACCCUACAGUCACAGACCCUACAGUCACAGACCCUACAGUCACAGACCCUACAGUCACAGACCUCUACAGUCACAGACCUCUACAGUCACAGACCUACAGUCACAGACCCUACAGUCACAGACCCUACAGUCACAGACCCUACAGUCACAGACCCCUACAGUCACAGACCCUACAGUCACAGACCUCUACAGUCACAGACCCUACAGUCACAGACCUCUACAGUCACAGACCCUACAGUCACAGACCCUACAGUCACAGACCCUAAAGUCACAGACCUCUACAGUCACAGACCUCUACAGUCACAGACCUCUACAGUCACAGACCCUACAGUCACAGACCCUACAGUCACAGACCUACAGUCACAGACCCUACAGUCACAGACCCUACAGUCACAGACCCUACAGUCACAGACCCUACAGUCACAGACCCUAA